GCCUGCAAACGUAGGCUACUGACAACAACACAUGACCAAAAUAGCACAAGGACUUUUUCUGGAGACGAAGAACAACACCAUGUAAACUACAUAAUCCCACAAGCCCCAAAAACAUUAUAAGGUCCCCAUUCUACUAUGAGUGAGGAGAAAGAGGAACAUGGCCGCCAGAGCAAAGACCAGAGCCCAGAGCAGCAGGAGAGAGCCGACUCCCCUGGACCCAGCUGUGUCUCCAUGAAGAGUGACCGCUCUAUGCAUCAUCCUGUUACUUUUCAAGUUGAACGCCCUUACAGAGAGGAGAGAAGAGUCCAGCAAGAGGGAGCCGACUCCCCUGGACCCAACUGUGUCUCCAUGAAGAGUGACUGGCCUAUGCAUCAUCCUGUUAAUUUUCAAGAUGACCGCCCUUACAGAGAGGAGAGAGGAGUCCAGCGAGAGGGAGCCUACACCCCUGGACCCAGCUGUGUCUCCAUGAAGAGUGACUGGUCUAUGCAUCAUCCUGUUACUUUUCAAGAUGAACACCCUUACAGAGAGGAGAGAAAAGUCCAGCAAGAGGGAGAAGACGUUGAUAGUAUAAAAGUGGAGCAGAUGAUGUGGGGAGGAACUGUUGCUGUCAAGUGCCAACAUAAAAUCAAGUCUCGUCUGAAGAAGAAGUUCAGGCGUGUGUUUGAGGGAAUCGCUAAAGCAGGACAGCAAACGGGUCUGAAUGACUUCUACACAGAGCUCUCCAUCACAGAGAGAGGCAGUGGAGAGGUCAACAAGGAACAUGAGGUCAGACUGAUUGAAAAAGCUUCCAGGAAACUAGCAAAGGAGGAAACACCAAUAAAAUGUGAAGACAUCUUUAAACCCUUACCUGGACGAGAUCAGUCAAUCAGAACAAUGAUGACAACUGGAGUGGCUGGUAUUGGAAAAACCGUCUUAACACACAAGUUCACUCUGGACUGGGCUGAAGGCAAACACAACCACGACAUACACUUCGCAUUUCUCCUCACUUUCAGAAAGCUGAAUUUACUGAAAGGGAAAGAGUUUAGCUUGGUGGAACUUCUUCAUCACUUCUUUAUUGAAACCAAAGAAGCAGGAAUCUGCAGAUACGAUCAGUUUCAGAUCGUCUUCAUCUUGGAUGGUCUGGAUGAGUGUCGACUUCCUCUGGACUUCCAGAACAACCCGGUCUGGAAUGAUGUUACAAAGCCGACCUCGGUGGAUGUGGUGCUGACCAACCUCAUCAGGGGCAACCUGCUUCCCUCCGCUCGCAUCUGGAUAACCACACGACCGGCGGCAGCCAAUCAGAUCCCUGCUGAGUGUGUUGACAUGGUGACAGAAGUGAGAGGGUUCACCGACCCACGGAAGGAGGAGUACUUCAGGAAGAGAUUCAGAGAAGAGACGCUGGCCAGCAAAAUCAUCUCCCACAUCAAGGCAUCACGAAGCCUCCACAUCAUGUGUCACAUCCCAUUCUUCUGUUGGAUCAGUGCUACAGUUCUGGAGGACUGCUUCAAAACAUCCCAAAGAGGAGAAAAGAUUCCCAAGACUUUGACUCAGAUGUACAGCCACUUCCUGAGGGUUCAGUCCAUACAGGGGGACAGGAAGUACCAUGGGAGAGCUGAAACAGAUCCACACUGGAGUUCAGAGAGCAGGAAGAUCAUCGCUUCCCUGGGAAAACUGGCUUUUAACCAGCUGGAGAAAGGCAACCUGAUCUUCUAUGAGGCAGACCUGGCAGAGUGUGACAUCGAUAUAAGAGAAGCCUCAGUGUCCUCAGGAGUUUUCACCCAGGUCUUUAAAGAGGAGUGUGGGCUGUACCAGGACAAGGUGUUCUGCUUUGUCCAUCUGAGCCUCCAGGAGUUUCUGGCUGCCCUUCAUGUCCUUCUGUCCUUCAUCAACACUGGAAUCAAUCUGCUCUCAGAAGAACAACCAACCUCUAGGGAUAAUGAACUCCUCCUCUACCAGAGUGCUGUGGACAAGGCCUUACAGAGUAAGAAUGGACACCUGGACUUGUUCCUCCGAUUCCUCCUGGGCCUCUCUCUAGAGACCAAUCAAAUGCUCCUACGAGGUCUAUUGGGACAGACAGGAAGUUGCUCACAGACCAAUAAGGAAACUGUGUCUUACAUCAAAGAGAAGAUGAGUGUAGAUCUAUCUCCAGAGAGAAGCAUCAAUCUGUUCCACUGUCUGAAUGAGCUAAAUGAUAGUUCUCUAGUGGAGGAGAUCCAACAGUACCUGACAUCAGGAAGACUCUCCAGAAAGAAACUCUCCCCUGCUCAGUGGUCUGCUCUGGUCUUCAUCUUAAUGUCAACUGAGGAGGAACUGGACGUUUUUGACCUGAAGAAAUACUCUGCUUCAGAGGAGGGUCUUCGGAGGCUGCUGCCAGUGGUCAAAGCCUCCAGAAUAUCUCUGCUAAUUGACUGUCAGCUGUCAGAGAGAUGCUGUGAAGCUCUGACCUCAGUUCUCAGCUCCAACUCCUCUAGUCUGAGAGAGCUGGACCUGAGUAUCAAUGAUCUGCAGGAUUCAGGAGUGAAGCAGCUCUCUACUGGACUGGGGAAUCCACACUGUACACUGGAAACUCUAAGGCUGAAUGGCUGUCAUCUGUCAGAGCAAUGCUGUGAAGCUCUGGCCUCAGUUCUCAGCUCCAACUCCUCCAGUCUGAGAGAGCUGGACCUGAGUACCAAUGAUCUGCAGGAUUCAGGAGUGAAGCUGCUCUCUGCUGGACUGGGGAGUCCACACUGUACCCUGGAAACUCUCAGGUUGUCUGGCUGCAUGGUCACACAGAUAGGCUGUGCUUCUCUGGCCUCAGCUCUGAACUCCAACCCCUCCCAUCUGAGAGAGUUGGACCUGAGCUAUAAUCACCCAGGAGACUCAGGAGCUGCGCUGCUCUCUGCUAGACAGAAGGAUCAACGCUGGAGACUGGACACUCUGAGUGUGGAGCACGGUGGAGUGUGGAGGCUGAAACCAGGUCUAAAGAAGUAUGCCUGUGAACCCACAUUGGACCCAAACACAGCCCACAGACAUCUCUCUGUGUCUGAGGACCUCAGAGAGGUGAAACAGCUUGGAAAGAAACAGAGACAUCCUGAUCACCCAGAGAGAUUUGACCACUGUGAGCAGGUGUUGUGUAGAGACGGUCUGACUGGCCGCUGUUAUUGGGAGAUAGAAUGGAAAGGAGAUGUUUAUAUAGGAGUGACAUACAGAGGGAUCACGAGAGGAUUAAGUCAACACAGCGAGCUUGGAGGAAACGACAAGUCCUGGAGUCUUCAUUGUUCUGCUGAUGGUUACUUUGCCUGGUACAACAACAGUAGUACAGUCAUAGAUCUCCCCCCAGCUGGCUCUACCAGAGUAGGAGUGUAUCUAGACCGGCCCGCUGGCACUCUGUCCUUCUACAGAGUGACCCCAGAUGUAGGAGGGUCCUCAGACACACUGACGCACAUCCACACCUUCCAGUCCAAAUUCACCCAGGAGGACCUCCUCCCUGGGUUUUGGUAUGGGAAAUUUGGAUCCUCUGUGUCGCUGAGUCGGUGGUAGUGACACACACACGCUCUCACUCCCUCACUCCCUCACUCACGCACUCACGCACUCACGCACUCACUCACAUUAAAACAGACACACAAAAAAAAUCUUUAUAAUGUUGAUGCAUGAUUUUGGACUAUAUGGAAAUCCCAGGUCUUCAGGAAAUGUUUGUGGUCGCUGUGUCAUAAUUCAGCUUAAUAUUCAAUAUAUUGUUGAUAAUGGCACACUCGUUAACGAGAAAAUGUCAUCCGGCACUGCAUGUCAAAAAGGUUGCUGACCCCUGUUCUACAGAGUGUCAGAUGUAGCAGGGUCCAUAGAAACCCUGACACACAUCCACACCUUCAAGUCCACAUCCACAGAGAACCUCCUCCCUGUGCUAGGGUUAUGGGGUGAAGGUUCCUCAGUGCCUUUGUGUGGCCUGACAUUGACAUUGACACGCACACGCCCACGUGCGUGGGUGUGUGCGUGCGUGUCAAUCCCCUUAAAAGGGUGACGUCACCAGGGGAAAGAGGAGUUGUUACCAGGGGAAGCGCAAAGUUGGAAAACUGUCUCAAAGAUGUCCAAGCAGUCGUUGGUGGAUUCGUGUUCUUUGGCGUAAAUCAGUUUGGGGUUUUCUCUCUUGGAGGAAUUUGGGUUCACACUUCCUCAGCAACGAUCUGGCAAGGAGCCCUAGCCCUGCUGAGAUUGUUUCCUUCCUGUUCGCAUUUGAACUACUGGGCAGAGCAGCAGGGCUAAAACUAAAGGCUAUGCAAAGAAUCGCUUUUCCUAUAUCGUCUCAGGUCGGAUUGUGUGCUCGCUCCUAUAAUCACAAUAGCUUUUCUGUAUAUGAAUCAAUUCCACCCCCACCAAAUUUACGUCGGUAGCUAGAGUUUCUCAUACCAGCCCUAGGACUUAUGUUACACAUAUUGUUUAUUUGUCUUAUUUUAUUGAAUCCAUGUUUGCUGUGGGGUUUAAGUCUGUUUUUUAUUAACCUGUAUAUAUCGUGUGUAACGAGGCAGAGUCCCGUGUUUGUUUUCCUUUUUGUUGUGUUUCAUAACCUUUUAGUUCAAGUUUUGGUUUACUUAUGUUAGAUUGUAACCUGUGUGAAUACUCCUGUUCCUGUUGCCUGGUUUUGUUUUGCUGUUGGACUUUAUGUAUGUGAAAAUCGUUGCUUCUUGGAAUACCUUGAUUUAAUUUACUACGUCGAUACACUUAUUUUUCUAGAAGUUGUUUGCCUGAUCUUUUACUUUUCUCAGUGAAACAUGCAGUAGCUUAAUGUUGGCACACACAUAGUAAUAGUAAUAUAGUAGUGAGUAGGGGGUUGUUUAAAAGUGAAACGUCAUGAAACGUUUGUGUUUGUGAGGACCAGUUAUCUUGGAUUAUAUGCAUCUGGACCCACGGAGAGACAUACAACACUAUUAUAUUUGUGUUGAUUAAAUACUUGCAUCCACUCCAAAUGCUACAUUUUAUUUGGCUUCUGAAAAGUGUAGCAUGAUAGAUCAUCAUAGGGUCACCUAAGCAGGUAAAUUUUGAAAAUGGAAAAUGGAACACGAUUUAAAGCAGAUUUGAUAUUGUUAAUAAAUGCAAGUAGCCUUUAGGAAAGACUGAGGAUUGAUGUUCCUGUUGUGAAUGACUUUAAACUGAAUAAAGAUAUAAAUUUUUUGGUCGUGUU